GGACCAGCCGAUCGAUCGGUCGUUAGCGCCGAUCCCGCCGGGGCCCCAGACAUAGUCGGACCCAGCGCGCUGGCCCGGGCGGGCAGCUACCCCACUAAGGCAGCGGUCCCCUGUGCAGGGACUCCUGCGUUUCAGAGGCUCGGCGCCCCCGCUGACACGUGCGGGAGGCGGGUGCUGAUGCUGGCCACGUCCAGCGUGUCUCACUCCCUGUGGCUGUAGCCGAAUACCGGCCAGCCUGUCAGCCUUAUCUUUAUGGGUUUUUCCCAACCCGGACUGGCCCCGGCCCCUUUUUAUCUCCUCGGUUGCACUUGGCUUGUUUACUUUGCGAGGCCCUGGGAGUCGAAGUCUAGGCCGGGGAUGAGGAGGCCUCGGAACAGAAUGGGCGAGAGGCCUGAGCCCGGGGAUGCUCCCAGAGGGCCCGGGGAGAACGGAAAGAAGGAGAUGCUGCAGGAUAAAGGCCUGUCCGAGAGCGAGGAGGCCUUCCGGGCCCCGGGCCCAGCGCUCGGCGAGGCCAGCGCCGCCAACGUCCCCGAGCCCGCGCUGGCAGCACCGGGUCUCAGCGGAGCCGCGCUAGGCAGCCCCCCGGGCCCCGGGGCCGACGUCGCCGCCGCCACCGCGGAGCAGACCAUCGAGAACAUCAAGGUGGGGCUGCAUGAGAAGGAGCUCUGGAAGAAGUUCCACGAGGCGGGCACCGAGAUGAUCAUCACCAAGGCGGGCAGGAGGAUGUUCCCCAGCUACAAGGUGAAAGUCACGGGCAUGAACCCCAAGACUAAGUACAUCCUGCUGAUUGACAUCGUCCCCGCCGAUGACCAUCGCUACAAAUUCUGUGACAACAAAUGGAUGGUGGCAGGGAAGGCUGAGCCGGCCAUGCCAGGAAGGCUGUAUGUCCACCCAGAUUCUCCUGCCACGGGGGCCCACUGGAUGCGGCAGCUGGUCUCCUUCCAGAAGCUGAAGCUGACAAACAACCACCUGGACCCCUUUGGCCAUAUCAUCCUCAACUCCAUGCACAAGUACCAGCCGCGGCUCCACAUCGUUAAGGCUGAUGAGAACAACGCUUUCGGCUCCAAAAACACCGCUUUCUGCACCCACGUGUUCCCAGAGACCUCCUUCAUCUCUGUGACCUCCUACCAGAAUCACAAGAUCACCCAGCUAAAAAUUGAGAACAACCCUUUUGCCAAGGGAUUCCGGGGCAGUGAUGACAGUGAUCUGCGUGUGGCCCGGCUGCAGAGCAAAGAAUACCCUGUGAUUUCCAAAAGCAUCAUGAGGCAGAGGCUCAUCUCCCCCCAGCUCUCGGGCACACCAGACGUGGGCCCCCUGCUCGGCACCCACCAGGCACUCCAGCACUACCAGCAUGAGAAUGGGGCGCACUCGCAGCUCUCGGAGCCGCAGGACCUGCCCCUCAGCACCUUCCCCACCCAGAGGGACUCAAGCCUCUUCUAUCACUGCCUGAAAAGACGAGCAGAUGGUGCCCGCCACCUGGACCUCCCCUGCAAGCGAUCCUAUCUGGAGGCACCCUCUUCUGUGGGGGAGGAUCACUACUUCCGUUCUCCCCCUCCCUACGACCAGCAGAUGCUGAGCCCCUCCUACUGCAGUGAGGUGACCCCCAGAGAAGCCUGUAUGUACUCAGGUUCAGGGCCCGAGAUUGCUGGGGUGUCUGGGGUGGAUGACCUGCCCCCACCUCCACUGAGCUGUAACAUGUGGACUUCAGUGUCACCGUACACCAGCUACAGUGUGCAGACAAUGGAGACUGUGCCAUACCAGCCCUUCCCCACGCACUUCACCGCCACCACCAUGAUGCCUCGGCUGCCCACCCUCUCCGCCCAGAGCUCCCAGCCACCAGGAAACACCCACUUCAGCGUCUACAAUCAGCUCUCCCAGUCUCAGGUCCGAGAGCGGGGGCCCAGCGCCUCCUUCCCAAGAGAGCGCGGCCUCCCCCCGGGGUGUGAGAGGAAGCCACCCUCUCCGCAUCUGAAUGCUGCCAAUGAGUUUCUCUACUCUCAAACCUUCUCCUUGUCCCGAGAAUCUUCCUUACAGUACCAUUCAGGAAUGGGGACUGUGGAGAACUGGACUGAUGGAUGAGUCUCAUGCCUGCUUCACAGCCCCGGGACCGUGUUGCUCCAGUACUAACCUCUGUGGGUGGCCUGCACUACCAAGGAACACAGGGAGGUAUUCCAGAGGGAGUGUGUGUGUGUGUGUGUGUGUGUGUGUGUGUGCACGUGAGCAUGUAUGUAUGUGGAGAGCAUCUGUCUUCUGACAUACAACUGAGGUCAUGGCAAGGAAAAAAGAAACCACAAUUAUCUAAGAAGUGAUUUUGGCUACAGGACCUGGGUCCAUUGUAAUCUGACAUCUCUUAACAUGCCCAUGGAUGGGAUGGGAGUGGAGGGUUCAUAUGAGUGAUUCAGAGGGUUUUGUAAUUGUUGAUUUUCUCAGGGGCCAGGUGGUGAAGUCUCUCCAAUGGGGAAAGAUUCUCAUUGCUGGGUGUGAGGGCUCUGUGCACACCGUAGAGGUCCUGGCCUUCUAUUCGCAAGGGGAGCUGAGAAUCUUGUUUUGGUAGCUGGAGGCCCACUCCUUUGGUUUCUGACAAGUCUGGGAGGCUGCCUGAGAAUGGGCUCAGCUAAGCCACAAAGUGUACUUUAAGAAUGCAGCUGGCUGCUCAGUGAGUGGCCUAGAUAUUGAUUACCAGAGCUCAGAGGUCUGAGGGGUGACGAUUGGAAAGGGUCAUGUGCUAAAUGUCACCUGAGGGAUAUUUUUAAAGGUUUUUUUAUUUUUUCCUUCAAGAGGAGAAAAGAUGCAACCAGUAGCAUCUCUGUCAUCAUUCAGGUUUUGUAAUAAAGCACAGAGCCCUUCCCCCUAGAUCCCAAACAUACAGUCUGUCACUCUGGUGUGCGGAGAGUCAGCCUCCCAGGCACCAUACCAUCUGCAUCCUAUGAUGGGCAAUUAUGAAACACACCCCACCUGGCAUCAUCCCCCUGUUCUUCUCUCAGAAAAUCUAUGCUUCUGGAGCUAGAAAGCCAACAGAAAUAAAGAUAAUUGAGAAAAAUUCAUUUCUUCCAGUAAAUUCAGCCAGCGAGCUCAGAGGAGCAAAGAAAAUUCUCUAGCAUGGUGCUCACACAGUCCUCAGCCCUGCAUUUUAGCAUCAAACACCACCAGGCCAUCAGUGUGGCUGGGGUGAACUCUCCAUCAAACGUGGGAAAUCACUAAACUCUUUGCAUGCUGAACAGCUAUUUAUAUAUUAUAUAAAUAAAUAAAUAUAUUAUAUAUAUAUAUAUAUAUAUCUCACAAAUGCAGGCCACAUGUCAAAUUCAGCUUUGCUUUUUACAAAUGAAUGAACUUAAUAAAAAUGAACAUUGGAGGGGGUAUUUGGAAAGACAUCUAUUUAAAUUUUUAUUACAUGUUUGAUAUUAAAAACUAAAAAUGGUUUAGAUAAAACAUAUAAAUAAAUAAAUAUAUAUAUAUAUAUAAACACACACACACUACAGAUAAAGCUUUUUUAGAAAACACAUUAGCUAACAGGUGAUAUGAAACUUCAAGUGUUUUGUUAUAUAGCAUGGACGUUUUAUUUUGCAUAUCGGAACAUAAAGCCAUUUUACAACUGUGAA